CUCUCAGCUCAGGCACAGAUCAUUGCUGAUCAUUGAUUAUUAUCUGCUGUAGACGUAUCUAUCGAUCUAUUGUGAAACAGGAAGUCACAGAAACUGCUGGUAUCUGUCUCGCGAGGCGUGUUCAGCCUCUAUGACCAUAUCAGGAGCACAUCCCGCGCACCUGUAAGCUGACGUCAUACGCUGAAAGUACCUGCAGUGACUCGUCCAGCUGAAGUCACUCACUCACUGAAACUACAUUCAGGAAACAAAGAAGACACGACGACGAGAGGCGAAGGAAUAUAAGUUUGUUUGGAAGGAAGGUGACGGUUCUUCAGACUUUCACUGGGGGAAAUAUUAAAAGAGGACAGAUGGGGGCCGCUCGUUUCGCGCAUUUGGGCGUUAUAAUGAUCAUUUUUCAGGCCUCAGCAGCAUGUGUACCAGGAUUCAAGUCAGACAUGUUGAUCUUCAAAGUGGACACACAGGACCUGAAGCAGGACUCGAUGCUGGGAAAAGUCCCAGUUGACUUCAUUGGCUGCCCAGACAGCAUAGGAUUUAGUUUUAGCAGUGAUGACAGCAGUUUCAUGAUACAGAAGGAUGGCACAUUGAAGGUAAUUGCACCGGUUUCCCUUCAUGAAGGACACCGAGACUUCUUCAUCCAUGCCAUGGAUUCUCAAGGUGGCAAAAUGAUUCUUCCUGUCAAAGUUCUGUACGAUGAGAACUACCAUCAGCAGCACCUUACUGAAGUGGACUCUGACACUAACACAGAGGUGCCUGUUGUGUAUUUCCCCAAGUCCAGUGAAGGUCUGAGGAGGAGGAAGAGGGACUGGGUUAUUCCUGAACUCAGUGUUGCUGAGAAUCACAGAGGACCCUACCCCUAUAAAAUAUCUCAAAUCCGUUCUAAUGAAGAUGAAAAGAAGAAGAUCUUUUACAGCAUUACUGGUCCAGGAGCUGAUCAGCCUCCUUUAGGUCUCUUCCAUAUAGACAGAGAUACUGGUAAUCUGUAUAUCUCACAGCCACUGGACAGAGAGAAGCAAGCCAAAUAUACAUUCCAUGCGCAUGCUGUUGCACAAGAUUCAGGACAGGCUGAGGAGCCUAUGGAUAUUGUCGUGAAAAUAAUUGACCAGAAUGACAACAAACCUGUUUUCACUCAAGACACGUACCUGGGAGAAGUUCCAGAGGCCUCACCAGAAAGUUAUGAGGUGAUAAAGGUCAAUGCCACAGAUAUAGAUGAGCCGAAUAAUGAUAACUCGGAUAUCCGAUACUUUAUUGAGGACCAGGAUCCAAAAUUGCCCAGUGACAACCUCUUUGGUAUCAACGAGAUCAAUGGAGUCAUCAGAGUCAAAGCCCCUGGCCUAGACAGAGAGAAAUACCCAAAGUACACUCUGACAGUAAAAGCAGCUGACAUGAAGGGAAAUGGGUUGGAAUCAAGAGCGAAGGUCAUCCUUACUGUUACGGAUAGUAACGACCAUGCUCCUGCCUUCACUGAAACCUCUUAUGCAGAAUCAGUUCCAGAGAAUAAAGUGGACGCUCAGGUCAUUAAAGUGUCAGUAACAGAUGGUGAUGAGCCACAUUCUCCAGCCUGGAAUGCCAAGUUCACAAUUGUUGCUGGUGAUCCUGAUGGACUUUUCACUGUGAAAACAGGAAAUAAUAAAAAUGAAGGAAUCAUUACUACUGCCAAGGGUCUUGAUUUUGAGAAGACCAGCAAACACACACUAUUGGUUGCAGUGGAGAAUGAAAUUCCUUUUGCCACUCCACUGCCCACUGCCACCGCCACAGUAGUGGUGAAUGUGGAGGACGUCAAUGAAGCUCCCAUCUUCAACCCAAUAGUGAAGCUUGUCACAAAAAUGGAGGACCUUCCUGUUGACAGUGAAGUGGUCCAGUACACAGCUCAUGACCCAGACACUGCCCGCAAACAGAAAGUCAUGUACAAAAUCCUUAGAGACCCUGCAGGCUGGCUCAGUGUGGAUAAGGAGACGGGCCUGAUCAAGGUGAAAAGUCUCAUGGACAGAGAGUCCUCUUUCGUCAAGGACAACAAAUACACAGCACUCAUCAGUGCAUAUGACAAUGAUGAAGUUCCAGCCACCGGAACUGGUACUCUAAUGAUCACGCUUGACGAUGUCAAUGACAAUGCACCCACCAUUGAGGAACGUAAAAUCAAGUUAUGUAACAAGAAUCCAGCUCCUCAGUAUCUGACAGUCACGGAUAAAGAUGGACCAGGCUUUGCUGCUCCAUACAGGGUCUCCUUACAUGGCAUGUCGAAGUCCAACUGGACCGCAAAGAUGAACGGCACCAAAACAGGCAUCAUUUUGAACUUAGCCACCGAUCUCCCCGGUGGAGACUACACUGUGGUCCUGAAGGUUGGAGACAACCAGGGUCUGGAGCAGGACAGCACCAUACAGGCCGAAGUGUGCGAUUGCAGCGGGGAAGAAGUGAUCUGCAAACGCUAUGUGGUAGCUGGCACUAGCCUACCUGUAAUUCUGGGAAUUCUCGGAGGCAUCUUGUUACUGCUCCUGUUGGUGUUGCUCCUGCUGCUGUUUGCAAGACGGAGAACGGGAGAGAAGAAGGAGCCUCUACUGCAGGACGACGAUAUCAGAGACAACAUCUAUUAUUAUGAUGAAGAGGGAGGCGGAGAGGAUGAUCAGGACUAUGAUCUGAGUGUUUUGCACCGUGGUCUGGACAACCGCCCCGAGGUGUUCAGAAACGACGUGGUACCAAACUUUAUGCCCGCUCCUCAGUACCGGCCUCGUCCUGCCAACCCAGAGGAAAUCGGCAACUUCAUCGAUGAUAACCUGAAGGCAGCUGACAACGACCCUACAGCGCCCCCCUACGACUCCCUGCUGGUGUUUGAUUAUGAGGGCGGUGGCUCUGAUGCAGGGAGCCUCUCCUCGCUAAACUCGUCGAGCAGUGGAGACCAGGACUACGACUGCCUCGGUGAAUGGGGACCCCGCUUUAAGAAACUGGCUGACAUGUAUGGAGGAGGAGAGGAUGACAUGCUGUAAAUGCAGCAUAGAACAAUAAUGCACGUAUGGCUGUGUGAAUAUUUGAUUGACGUAAGCAUGAACUGAUAAGUGAAUACAUCCCAAAGAAACUGUCAUCAGUAGUUCAGCUAUUUUUUGUGUGGGGAGUUCAAUUCAGUUCAGUUAGCCACUGCUCAGAAGCCAAAGGAGGAGCUUGUUUUAUAUAUUUUGAAUGCUUCAGUUCUUGGCCUGUCUGUCUUUUAGAGUCCUGCUGACUAAAGACACAAUGAUGUCAUGACGCCUUGUGUUUAUUUUCACUGGGUUCUGGAGUCACUUCCAGACUCAUUUUGGCAACACAUGGUACAUUUUCUGUUUUUUUUGUUUCUUUAUACUGUCUGUUUUAUUUUGCCGGUUUGUACUACUGCUGCAGUUAAAUGCUUUGUAUUUCUAUUUGAUAUCUAAAUGAUCACAGUGAAAUCCAGGUACCCAGCCAACACUGAGGGUGUGCUUAAUGAGUUAUCAAUAAAUGCUUUUUAAAUUGUCUGUUCAGUUGACAUCACAUUGUAAUGUCAACAUUUUUGCAUUUUCUUCCAAAGGUACUUGUUAAUUUUGAAUUUUUUAUAAAGUUAUCUUAAUACAA